GCGUCGUGGUCCUGGCGGACGCGGCGAGACAGGCGGCUCCUGAGCCCAGCGAUUGGUGGCGCUGGGGGGCAGGGGGCAGCCGCCUAUAUGAGGGCGGUAGCGGGAAGCGUGGUCGCUGGUGGGCAGGGGCGGAGGCAGCGGCAGCGGCAGUAGCCGGGCGGGAGGUGCAUGCUGGUUGGGGGCCGUGAGUUCCCGGGCUGGGGUUGCCGGGCGCUCCCUGCCCAUGGAGCCCGAGGUGCUGCGCCGCCGGCUGGCCGCGGCCGGGCAGAGCCACCUGCUGCGCUUCUGGGCCGAACUGGGCGGCGCGGAGCGGCGGGCGCUGCGCGAGGAGCUGGAGGGUCUGGACUGCGAGGCGCUGGGCUCCAGCUUCCGUCGGGCCAUAGAGGGCACGGGCGCGGCCGGCCGCGACAAGGUGGACGGGCGGAUGGAGGCACUGCCGCGGGCCGUGCUGGGCAGCGCCACCCGCGACGUGGGCCGGCUCCCCGAGUGGGAGCGCGAAGGUCUCCAUCAGAUUUCUCAGAGCAAAGUAGCUGUCCUCCUCCUAGCUGGUGGACAGGGAACGAGACUGGGUGUUUCUUAUCCCAAGGGAAUGUACGAUGUCGGGUUGCCAUCCCACAAAACACUCUUCCAGAUCCAAGCAGAGCGCAUCCUGAAACUGCAGCAGCUGGCUGAAAAACAGCAUGGCACUAAGUGUGUCAUUCCAUGGUACAUCAUGACAAGUGGCAGAACAAUGGAAUCUACAAAGGAGUUCUUCAUGAAGCACAAUUACUUUGGUUUAAAGCAGGAAAAUGUGAUCUUUUUCCAGCAAGGGAUGCUGCCUGCCAUGGGGUUUGAUGGCAAGAUUUUUCUGGAAGAGAAGAGCAAAGUUUCCAUGGCACCAGAUGGCAAUGGGGGGCUGUACCGAGCCCUUGGCGCCCAUGGCAUCGUGGAGGACAUGGAGCAGCGAGGCAUCUGGAGCAUCCAUAUGUACUGCGUUGACAACAUCUUAGUGAAGGUGGCUGACCCCAGGUUCAUUGGGUUCUGCACGCAGAAGGGAGCUGAGUGUGGGGCAAAGGUGGUUGAGAAGACAAACCCCAUGGAGCCAGUGGGCGUGGUAUGCAGAGUGGAUGGCAUGUACCAGGUGGUGGAGUAUAGCGAGAUCUCCCUGGCCACAGCACAGAAACGUAGCUCCGAUGGCCGGCUGCUGUUCAACGCAGGCAACAUUGCCAAUCACUACCUCACAGUGUCCUUUCUGAGAGAUGUUGUCAACAUUUAUGAACCUCAGCUGAAGCACCAUGUGGCCCAGAAGAAGAUUCCAUACGUGGACAUCACCAGUGGGCAGUUGGUCAAGCCAGACAAACCGAAUGGCAUCAAGAUGGAGAAGUUCGUCUUUGACAUCUUCCAGUUUGCCAAGCAGUUUGUGGUGUACGAAGUGCUGCGUGAAGAUGAGUUUUCUCCUCUGAAGAAUGCAGACAGUCAGAAUGGGAAAGACAACCCCACCACUGCCCGACAUGCCCUUAUGUCGCUGCACCAUUGCUGGGUCCUCAAUGCUGGGGGCCACUUUGUGGAUGAAAAUGGCACCCGUAUCCCUGCGAUUCCCCGCUUCACAAGUGGAAAGCCAGAUGCCAUCACAGCUGAUGUCAAUUGCAAUUUGAAGGACGCUAACGACUUGCCCAUUCAGUGUGAAAUUUCUCCUCUCAUCUCCUAUGGUGGUGAAGGUCUGGAAAAGUAUGUGGAAAACAAAGAAUUUCAUGCCCCGUUGAUCAUUGAUGAGAAUGGAAUCCAUGAGCGGGUGAAGAACAGUGUUUAGACUCUUCUGCAGGAAGCCAGCAGACCCAGCAUAGCUUGUGACUUCACCUGUGAAUCCAAACAAAUGAAGGUUGUAGCUGUAAAUGGUAGGGGCUGGUCUUGUCCUCUGAAUUUACUGGCUUGUGGCACAUUGUUUUAAAUUAAAAUAGAGACCAUCUAGUCAGUCCCCUGAAGUUAAGUACAGAUGUGGUAUUGCUCUCCACACUUUAAGCAUGGGCAUUUUUUUAAGUGUAUAAAAUAAUAAACAAUUGUACAUGCUGAGGGGUUUUUAAUGGUACAAGGAGAGGUUCAUAAAUCUUAUCUUUAAAAACAAAUAGGAUCAAUGUCACUGUCCACAUUCUGCCUUUUUAGGGUCAUCAUUUUGUUAGUACAUCUGUUUUGGCUUUGUGUACACUAAAUUACUAGGUUUUAUGUGCAUGGUAUUAAUGUAUCUGGGUGUUGGGAAGUUAUGUUAACUGAUUGUAUUAUGCUCUUCCCACAGUUCUGUUCACCUAUGUCAAGUAUCCCACAACACUGCAAAGCUGAAGUCAGCUUUGGCAUUAGAAAAUAGGAAACCUGUCAAAGCAAAGCUGCAUAUAUACCUUGUACCAAGUGCAGUUAGGGAGUACUUUCCUGGCUCAUCAACACUUGCAAUGUAAUAUUCAGAACAAGAUAUGGAAAAGUAUAGGGAGGUACCAAGGACAAAGCUGGCACAAACUAGUAGGUUAAAUUUAAACUUUAACUGGAUGUGCGUGGGUCAUUUAGCUUGUAACAAUCACACUGUAAACAGAAGUGGGUUUGAGGGCAUAUCUUUGAAGCACACCUUCUGUGAAAGGUGAAUAUGCUGAGAGAAGAAUUGCUUCCCAGAAGGAGGGUAUGUAUGUUUCUGCUUCGUAUUGUACUGUUUUGUCUUUAGGCAAUAAAUUUGGCUAGGCUUGUUCAGUUGGUCCCUUGAACAUUCUUAGGCCUGGUUUACCUCAAGAGGAUUAGGUUGGUUUAACUAUGUCAGUUGGGAGUGGAAAAUCCACCCCCUUGAGUGGAGUUGUUAAAUUGAUCUGUCACCCUAGCUACUGCCUCUCUGGGAGGUGGAUUACCUAUGCUGAUGGGAGAAUCCCGCCUGUUGGCCUAUAUAGUGUCUGGACUGAAGCAUUACAGUGGUGUGGCUAUAGCAUUUUAAGUGCACACAAGCCCUUAAUAAUGAGCCGAAAGUGUAGUCAAAUCAAUUGGUUAUACCAUUAAAAAUCAAUCAAUUUGGCAAACAAGACCAGGGGACAUUAGUCAAGCAUUAGUCAAACCCAUUUGUCCUGAGGUCAUGAGCUAGCUAGUUGGAUUUGGAGUAUCGGUCUCAGAGAUUGGACUUUGGGGGUCCUCGCUAAAUCAGGGAAAAAUUAUAUUGUUACUUUGGCAAAUAACUGGUUAACAGAUUAUGGAAAGCAAAAACUGCCUUCUGGGCAUAAAGCCAUAUUUUUAAGAAUAUUUAAAGAUUAAGUAAAAUGUUUUCUGUGCAAAAUACCCAGAUGAAGCAAAGGCUAAGUGGCCACUACUUGCAACAGAACACUAUUUUGUGCUAAAACGCCAGGUAGACAUAUAAAAAUAAGCCAUAGCAAAUGAAAGGGAGAAACAGGAUGUUUUAAAGCAUGUUGUCAUACAGUACAAAAGACCAUAGCAGUGAUUUGGUCACAUUAAAGGCAAUCCAAAAAGUGAUCCAUUGAGUCAUGUAUGUAAUUUUGUUUAAAUUGGAGAUGGAGGGAAAAGGCAAAAAAGGGAGAAGACAAAGAGCAGAAAGGAAUGGCUGUUUAUACAGUGACACACAGUCUAUUAUCCAAAGCAAGAAAGGGCACUACUGUAAACAAUUUGGAGUACAGACAAAAGCAGCAGGCACUUGGGAAACAAAUACAGGUUUUGCAGGCACAGGUAGCAAUCCCCAUGCUCUUCCCGAAGCCAAGAUAAAGAACAGGUCCUGGCUCUCAGCCCUCCCCUGCUUCUAAAGCACAGAACCACUCCUCUCCCAGCUGAUGAUAUAACUUCUCUAAUAUUUUUACUUUUGGUUCUAGUUUUUGUCCUUUCUCUGUCCAAAUCUUCCUUUUCUUUUGUAUUCUUCACUUGGCUCAGUUUGCUGAACUCACUGCUGCUGUCUGCUUUGAAAUGCCCUACCAGAAUUAGUUAGUUAUCCCUUGGCUUGUGCUUACUUCCUUUCCUAUAUCGAUUCUGUCACUUCCCUUCCUGCAAUUUAAAAACUAAGUGAUAAUUAUUACAGAAAUUCCUGUUUGAGAAAGAGACAGAAACUAAAAGAAACAAAAUUACCAAAAUGCCAAAGGUAAAAGCUUUACUUUAAAUAAAUUCAGUAAAAUGAAUUUUAACCCUUCUGGAAUUCAAUACCUAAAAAUAUUGUUGCCAAGCAACAGAAUGCUAACUCUGCUUUUGAUCCUAAAACUGCUUUUUUUCUUUAACUAGACACUAAUGAAUACAUAUUGAUUUCUUAUUUCUGUAUAGUAGUAUUCUUAAAAUAAGCAUAUUGUAAAGUAAUGUAAGUUGCCUUGACAAAUUAAUAUGGGAUUUUAAUCAAUUAAGUUUUUAAAUAAAAAAAUCUGCCUAA